UGCAUCCACACAUCCCCUGUGGAAGGGAUGUUCACAAGGAGGGUCCCCAGUGGCUCUACGUGUGGGACUUCGAUGGGCUGCUGCGCGAGUCCCAGCGGGAGGUGCUGCGGCUGCAGAGGCAGAUGGCGCUGCGCAACCAGCGGGAGACGCCCCCACUCCCGCCGUCCCGGCCCCGGGCCCUGCUCUCCAGGCCAGAGCAGGGGAGCCGGCUCCCGGGCCCCGGGAGAGGGUAUCUCCCAGAGCCCCACCUGGUGUGGCCAGGCCCCAGGAGUAGGAUGGGGCUCCCCCUACGAGGGCCAGUGGCAGCCAGAACUGAUACAUCCCACCUGGUCUGGGGCCAGGACGCCCCAGCUGAGGAGGGCAGGAGUGUCUGGAGCCAUGGCUGGUGCCUCGGUGAAAGUGGCAGUGAGGGUUCGGCCCUUGAACGCCCGCGAGACCAGCCAGGAUGCCAAGGGUGUGGUCAGCAUGCAGGGCAACACCACCUCCAUCAUCAACCCUAAACAGAGCAAGGAUUCCCCCAAAAGCUUCACCUUUGACUACUCCUACUGGUCACACACUUCGGCAGAGGACCCCCAGUUUGCAUCUCAGCAGCAAGUGUGUCGGGACAUUGGAGAAGAGAUGCUGCUCCACGCCUCUGAAGGCUAUGACGUGUGCGACUCUGCCUAUGGGCACACCGGGGCUGGGAAAUCCUAUACCAUGAUGGGGCGGCAGGAGCCAGGGCGGCAGGAGCCAGGGCAGCAGGGCAUCGUGCCCCAGCUCUGUGAGGACCUCUUCCCUCACGUUAGUGAGAACCAGAGUGCUCAGCUAUCCUACUCUGUGGAGGUGAGCUAUAUGGAGAUCUGUUGUGAGCGGGUACGAGACCUCUUGAACCUCAAGAGUCGGGGUUCUCUGUGGGUCCGGGAGCACCCCAUCCUGGGCCCCUACGUGCAGGACCUGUCCAGAUUGGCUGUGACCUCCUACGCAGACGUUGCUGACCUCAUGGACUGUGGAAAUAAAGCACGGACUGUGGCUGCCACCAACAUGAAUGAGACCAGCAGCCGUUCCCAUGCCGUCUUUACCAUCGUCUUCACACAGCACUGCCAUGACCAGCUCACGGGGCUAGACUCGGAGAAGGUCAGUCAGAUCAGUUUGGUGGACCUUGCUGGGAGUGAGUGAGCCGACUCCUCAGGGGCCCGGGUCAUGCGCCUGAAGCAGGGAGCCAACAUCAAUAAGUCCCUGACUCCACUAGGGAAGGUGAUCUCGGCCCUUGCAGAUAUGCAAUCAAAGAAGCAGAAGUCGGAUUUUAUCCCCUACAGGGACUCUGUGCUCACCUGGCUGCUCAAGGAAAAUUUGGGUGGGUGGGAACUCACAGCAAUGAUGGCAGCCCUGAGCCCUGCUGACAUCAAUUACGAGGAGACUCUCAGCACCCUCAGGUAUGCUGACUGCACCAAGCAGAUCCGCUGCAAUGCCAUCAUCAACGAGGACCCUAAUGCCCGGCUGAUUAGAGAGCUGCAGGAGGAAGUAGCCCGGCUGCGGGAACUACUGAUGGCUCAGGGACUGUCAGCCUCUGCUCUGGAAGGCCUGAAGAUGGAAGAAGGGAGUGUCAGAGGCGCCCUGCCAGCUGUGUCAUCUCCCCCGGCUCCAGUUUCACCCUCAUCACCCACCACACAUCAUGGGGAGCUGGAGCCGUCAUUCUCCCCCAACACGGAGCCCCAGAUUGGGCCUGAGGAAGCCAUGGAGAGGCUGCAGGAGACAGAGAAGAUUAUAGCUGAGCUGAACGAGACGUGGGAGGAGAAGCUACGCAAGACAGAAGCCCUGAGGAUGGAGAGAGAAGCAUUGCUGGCUGAGAUGGGGGUGGCCGUCCGGGAGGAUGGGGGAACUGUGGGCGUCUUCUCUCCAAAGAAGACUCCCCACCUGGUGAACCUGAACGAAGACCCUCUGAUGUCUGAGUGUCUGCUCUACCACAUCAAAGAUGGCGUCACCAGCACUCUCGGCCUCCCAACAAAUUGCUUAUGGUUCUCUGCAGACCCCACACUGUGUCCUACCUUUGUGCCUUUCCUCUUCCUGGAAGAUCCUCCACACCUCACAGCCCCCUUCUACUGGCUGGCUCCUACUCACCGACACAAGACCAGCAUGUCCCAAGCAAUCUACAGUGAGAUCUUCAAAAGAAGAUCUUCGGAGCCCUCGCCAGAAUCACCCUUAAUGAAGAGUCACAGGGAGAAGACGUCCAUACACGCAUGACGAGACGGGCCUGGAACAGAGCCUUCCCGCACAGCCUCAGAAAGGACCCACCCUGCUGACACCUUGAUCUUGGACCCAUGGCCUCCAGUACUGCGAGAUGGUAACAUUCUGUUGUUGAAGGUGCCCAGUCUGUGGUACUGUAAAACAGCCCUAGGAAACUAACACAGCCUGUUAGCCCACAGAUGGAGAGAUGGAAUGCUCAGUGGAGCUCCAGGCUUACUGUCUACAGCUCCCAAAGUGUGCUACUGGACCCUUGGAUGGGUGUAGGUAUGCACAAUAAUUUUGGGUGAUGCAGGGUGAAUCAUUUCAAUUGACAUAAUAAUGUGUUUAUCUUACUGGGUAAAUCAGGGGUCCCCACCUGUUAGGAACCAGGCUGCACAGCAGGAGGUGAGCAGCCAGCCAGUGAGCAAAGCUUCAUCUGUAAAAACAGCUGCUCCCCAUCCCUCGCAUUACCGCAUGAGCUCUGCCACCUGUCAGAGGAGUGCUGCCGUUACAUUCUCAUAGAACCCAACUGUGAGCUGCGCAUGCCAGGGAUCUAGAUUGUGUGCUCCUUAUGAGAACCUAAUGCCUGAUGAUCUGUGACUGUCUCCCAUCACCUCCUGAUGGGACCAUGUAGUU